AUGCUUAAAUUUCUUGAAAAUAGAGAUCCUUAACCUAUAAAGAGAGGAAAGGAUAUAAUGAGAUAUGAGAGCUAAAGCCAUCUCCCAAACAAUCGAUAGUUUAAUAGUCCUUUACAUUAAGAUGCUUUAAUCUAAAAUGAUAAACCAACAUAUUACAUAACAAAAAAACUACCUCCUAUACAAAUCUAUAAUCCUUUAAUUUAAACUAUUGAUUCUAUUGAAAGACCUGAAUAUAUCGUUAAAUAAAAGGAAAUCUAUAUUCCAAGAUACUUGGAUGAAUAUAAGACUAAAGGUUUUAAGAAGAAAUAAGGAAUUUUUGAGUCAUAUUAGCAUUUAUUGGCUCAGAAUAAAUCAUUAAUUGAAGGCAUACAUACAAACAAAAAACCAUUAUCCUUACCAGCUAUCAGAGAACAUUAAAAAGAAUAAUCUGUAUUGAAUAUUCCUGCUUAAUUUUCAACAAGGAGUUAAGAUCGUUAAAUAGUUGAUUAAAGUUGUUUCAAGAGUAACCGAUCUAAUAAAAGUAUUUAAAGUAAAGUUAAAUAUAUCACAAACAAAAACACAAGUUCACAAAAAUAAAGAAUUUCACAUAAAUUAUUAACUGAAGACAAAGGUAUCUAAGUUAAUAUUGAGAAAACUUAAAGUCAUAAGAUAACAGAAUAGCCAGCAGAUUAUAUAUAUAACUUUAAUUUGUCAUAUUAAUAAAAAUUAGAAGCUGAAGAAGAAAAAGAAAAAUAAAUGAGAUAAUUAAGUAUUUUUGAUAAAAAAAUCAAAGAGUUCAGAGAAUAAUAAAAAUAGAAAUUGUAAAAAAAAGUAGUUUCUUGA